AUGCGCUUGCUUCAGCCAAGGCGUGAAUUAAUUCUCAUCUUGGACAAUGUAACUGUAUUCAGUUCUAGAAUUGCAUUGGCCGGUGACGGUGACUUUAACAUUCAUAUAGAAAGGGAUAAUGAUCUUUACGCUGUAGCCCUAAGGGAAAUUUUUGAAAAUUAUCAUUUAAUGAAUCAUGUUAGUGAGCCUACUCAUUCUCUGGCAGGUACGAUGGACUUAGUGGUCACCUCGGCAAAUUGGCAGGUACUGGACUGUGUGGUCUUUCCAAGUGGGGUAAAUUCAGAUCAUGGUCUGGUUCAGCGUGGCAAUACCAAGUUUGAUAUAAUGCUUGAUAUUGUUGAUUUGAUAAAAUAUAUGUCAACAAAUGAUCUUUGUCAACAUUUGCCAACAUUUGUGAUUUUAAAUAUAAAGAAAAUACCUGAUUUGAUGUCGAAUAAUAUGUUGGAGGCAAUAUAUGAGAAAAAUGACAAAAUGGCCGCCGUGCUGAAUGAAAUACUGGACACAAAUAAAUCGCUGUGUAAACAAAUUAACAGGUGCGCCUACUUGUACAAAUCUCGUUUCAAAUUGUGUGUCCCGGCCGAGGAGUAUGGCAAGGUGAUGACUGCAUCAAACUGGCCUGCCUCAGUUGUCGUUCGUGAAUGGAUCUUUAAUAAAGAUAACACCAACUCUUCGAAUACACUGCUCAGUGCCAAAACAAAUGCAUCUGCAGUGAAAGAUGUUAACAACACCGAAGAAAACAGAGGCGUCAGCAAAUCAGAUAUUUGA